AUUCGAACGGUUUAGACGAAAAAUUCUCUCCUAGAGAUGUUGUUUGUUAUAAUGUCAAGGGUGCAGUUCAUUGGCAUCCUGCUAACUGUUUGCUCAACUGCUGCUCAACAGUUGCAGGUCAAGCAGCUGCACACGCUGCACAAGUGGAGCGACCUCAACUUGGGCAGCGGCGAUCAAAGCACCAAGAACAGACUCUUUCUGCCCGUGGAUAUUGAUAUCGAAUAUGGCGACGAGGGGCGACACCGAACUUUUCUCACCAUUCCACGUCUUAGUGCUGGCACAGCUUACACUUUGGCCACCGUUGCCAGUGGAGACAAUGAGGUGCUGGAAAAUCCACGACUGGAGGCCUACCCCAACAUGGAAUGGCAUUUGCCAGUGAACAACUGUUCCGGCAUAACGUCCGCCAUUCGAACUUAUAUUGAUGACUGCUGGCGUCUUUGGGUGGUGGACUCGGGUCAGGUGAACUCGCUGCAGCUUUGCGCUCCUCACAUACUCAUCUUCGAUCUAGUCAAGGAUGAACUAGUUCAAAAAUACGCCAUGCCUGCGCACUUGUACACGCCCAGUGUAUCGAUAUUCACGGCCAUGGUGGUCGAUUUAUCGGAAAGCGAUGCGCCCAACCAUUGCUUGGGUGGCAAGGCUUACAUAGCCGAUGCCUGGGGCUAUGGCUUGAUUGUCUUCGAUGCUCUAACGGGCAAAUCCUGGCGCAUAGAACACGAGUCAAUGCAGCCCUCGUUGGGCGUGCGACGCUUUGGCAGCGCCUAUGCGGGAAUCUUCACUGUCAGUCUGAGUCCGAGUCACGAAGCGGAGCGCUUUCUGUACUUUCACACCCUUAAUAGCUUCUAUGAGAUAGCCAUUCCCCUCGAGCUGGUGAACAACGCGAGCAUCUGGCAAACGUCGUCAAAUGUCGACACGGUCAGUAAACACUUUCGAAUUCUGGGCACACGUGGCAUACAAUGCGAAUCGGAGGUGAUGGACAAUGGCGGCAAUCUCUACUGCAGUCUAAUCAGCUUAGGCGCUUUGAUUAGCUGGAAUGAGCAGACGAACUACACGGCUAAUGACAUACGCGCUGUGGCCUACAAUCCGCAGCAGUUGAAAUUCGUCACUGGCCUCAAAAUCAAUCGCAACUCAAAGGGCGAGAAUGAACUCUGGGCUCUGAGCAGCGAUCCGAAACUUUUCGUUGGCGGUUCGUUGAAAGAUGAUGAGGUCAAGUUUCAAAUUGUUGGCUGUCGCACCGCGGAUCUCUUGGCGAACACACCUUGUACAGUUGGCGCCACAGAUGUCACACCCUCACCAACAUAAUUUAGUUUAAAUAAACGUUUAUUUAA